GGAGCGGGCCGAAAGCGGCUUGGGCUCGACGGAGGGCACCGGCGCAGAGGACUCCCUGGCCGCAGGGGGAGCCGCCGCCGGCCGUGCCCCUGGCAGCCCCAGCGGAGCGGCGCCAAGAGAGGAGCCGAGAAAGUAUGGCUGAGGAGGAGGCGCCUAAGAAGUCCCGAGCCGCCGGCGGUGGCGCGAGCUGGGAACUUUGUGCCGGGGCGCUCUCGGCCCGGCUGGCGGAGGAGGGCAGCGGGGACGCCGGUGGCCGCCGCCGCCCCCCAGUUGACCCCCGGCGAUUGGCGCGCCAGCUGCUGCUGCUGCUUUGGCUGCUGGAGGCUCCGUUGUUGCUGGGGGUCCGGGCCCAGGCGGCGGGCCAGGGGCCAGGCCAGGGGCCCGGGCCGGGGCAGCAACCGCCGCCGCCGCCGCCGCCUCAGCAGCAACAGAGCGGGCAGCAGUACAACGGCGAGCGGGGCAUCUCCAUCCCGGACCACGGCUAUUGCCAGCCCAUCUCCAUCCCGCUGUGCACGGACAUCGCGUACAACCAGACCAUCAUGCCCAACCUGCUGGGCCACACGAACCAGGAGGACGCGGGCCUGGAGGUGCACCAGUUCUACCCUCUAGUGAAAGUGCAGUGUUCCGCUGAGCUCAAGUUCUUCCUGUGCUCCAUGUACGCGCCCGUGUGCACCGUGCUAGAGCAGGCGCUGCCGCCCUGCCGCUCCCUGUGCGAGCGCGCGCGCCAGGGCUGCGAGGCGCUCAUGAACAAGUUCGGCUUCCAGUGGCCAGACACGCUCAAGUGCGAGAAGUUCCCAGUGCACGGCGCCGGCGAGCUGUGCGUGGGCCAGAACACGUCCGACAAGGGCACCCCGACGCCCUCGCUGCUUCCAGAGUUCUGGACCAGCAACCCUCAGCACGGCGGCGGAGGGCACCGUGGCGGCUUCCCGGGGGGCGCCGGCGCGUCGGAGCGAGGCAAGUUCUCCUGCCCGCGCGCCCUCAAGGUGCCCUCCUACCUCAACUACCACUUCCUGGGGGAGAAGGACUGCGGCGCACCCUGUGAGCCGACCAAGGUGUAUGGGCUCAUGUACUUCGGGCCCGAGGAGCUGCGCUUCUCGCGCACCUGGAUUGGCAUUUGGUCAGUGCUGUGCUGCGCCUCCACGCUCUUCACGGUGCUUACGUACCUGGUGGACAUGCGGCGCUUCAGCUACCCGGAGCGGCCCAUCAUCUUCUUGUCCGGCUGUUACACGGCCGUGGCCGUGGCCUACAUCGCCGGCUUCCUCCUGGAAGACCGAGUGGUGUGUAACGACAAGUUCGCCGAGGACGGGGCACGCACUGUGGCGCAGGGCACCAAGAAGGAGGGCUGCACCAUUCUCUUCAUGAUGCUCUACUUCUUCAGCAUGGCCAGCUCCAUCUGGUGGGUGAUCCUGUCGCUCACCUGGUUCCUGGCGGCUGGCAUGAAGUGGGGCCACGAGGCCAUCGAAGCCAACUCACAGUAUUUUCACCUGGCCGCCUGGGCUGUGCCGGCCAUCAAGACCAUCACCAUCCUGGCGCUGGGCCAGGUGGACGGCGAUGUGCUGAGCGGAGUGUGCUUCGUGGGGCUUAACAACGUGGAUGCGCUGCGUGGCUUCGUGCUGGCGCCCCUCUUCGUGUACCUGUUUAUCGGCACGUCCUUUCUGCUGGCCGGCUUUGUGUCGCUCUUCCGCAUCCGCACCAUCAUGAAGCAUGAUGGCACCAAGACCGAGAAGCUGGAGAAGCUCAUGGUGCGCAUUGGCGUCUUCAGCGUGCUGUACACUGUGCCAGCCACCAUCGUCAUCGCCUGCUACUUCUACGAGCAGGCCUUCCGGGACCAGUGGGAACGCAGCUGGGUGGCCCAGAGCUGCAAGAGCUACGCUAUCCCCUGCCCUCACCUCCAGGCGGGCGGAGGCGCCCCGCCGCACCCGCCCAUGAGCCCGGACUUCACGGUCUUCAUGAUCAAGUACCUUAUGACGCUGAUCGUGGGCAUCACGUCGGGCUUCUGGAUCUGGUCCGGCAAGACCCUCAACUCCUGGAGGAAGUUCUACACGAGGCUCACCAACAGCAAACAAGGGGAGACUACCGUCUGAGACCCGGGGCUCAGCCCAUGCCCAGGCCUCGGCCGGGGCGCAGCCAUCCCCCAAAGCCAGCCCCGUGGAGUUAGUGCCAAUCCUGACAUCUCGAGGCUUCCUCACUAGACAACUCUCUUUCGCAGGCUCCUUUGAACAACUCAGCUCCUGCAAAAGCUUCCGUCCCUGAGGCGAAAGGACACGAGGUCCCGACUGCCAGAGGGAGGAUGGCCAGACCUCUUGCCCUCACACUCUGGUACCAGGACUGUUCGCUUUUAUGAUUGUAAAUAGCCUGUGUAAGAUUUUUGUAAGUAUAUUUGUAUUUAAAUGACCGAUCACGCGUUUUUCUUUUUCAAAAGUUUUUAAUUAUUUAGGGCGGUUUAACCAUUUGAGGCUUUUCCUUCUUGCCCUUUUCGGAGUAUUGCAAAGGAGCUAAAACUGGAGUGCAACCGCACAGCGCUCCUGGUCGUCCUCGCGCGCCUCUGCCUACCGCGGGUGCUCGGGACGGCUGGGCGCCAGCUCCGGGGCGAGUUCAGCACUGCGGGGUGCGACUAGGGCUGCGCUGCCAGGGUCACUUCCCGCCUCCUCCUUCUGCCCCCUCCCCCUCCUUCUGUCCCCUCCCUUUCUUUCCUGGCUUGAGGUAGGGGCUCUUAAGGUACAGAACUCCACAAAGCUUCCAAAUCUGGAGGUGGGCCCCCAUACAUUACAAUUCCUCCCUUGCUCAGCGGUGGAUUGCGAAGGCCCGUCCCUUCGACUUCCUGAAGCUGGAUUUUUAACUGUCCAGAACUUUCCUCCAACUUCAUGGGAGCCCACGGGUGUGGGCGCUGGCAGUCUCAGCCUCCCUCCAUUGUCACCUUCAACGCCCAGACACUCCCUUCUCCCACCUUAGUUGGUUACAGGGUGAGUGAGAUAACCAAUGCCAAACUUUUUGAAGUCUAAUUUUUGAGGGGUGAGCUCAUUUCAUUCUCUAGUGUCUAAAACCUGGUAUGGGUUUGGCCAGCGUCAUGGAAAGAUGUGGUUACUGAGAUUUGGGAAGAAGCAUGAAGCUUUGUGUGGGUUGGAAGAGACUGAAGAUAUGGGUUAUAAAAUGUUAAUUCUAAUUGCAUACGGAUGCCUGGCAACCUGCCUUUAAGAAUGAGACAGCCUGCGCUUAUAUUUUACCAGUCUGUAAAAUGGAAAUGUUGAGGUCACCUGGAAAGCUUUGUUAAGGAGUUGAUAUUUGCUUUCCUUAACAAGACAGCAAAACGUAAACAGAAAUUGAAAACUUGAAGGAUAUUUCAGUGUCAUGGACUUCCUCAGAAUGAAGUGCUAUUUUCUUAUUUUUAAUCAAAUAACUAGACAUAUAUCAGAAACUUUAAAAUAUAAAAGUUGUACACUUUCAACAUUUUAUUACGAUUAUUAUUCAGCAACACAUUCUGAGGGAGGAACAAUCCACACCACCAAUAAUAACCUGGUAAGAUUUCAGGAGGUAAAGAAGGUGGAAUAAUUGAUGGGGAGAUAGCACCUGAAAUAAACAAAAUAUGGGCAUGCAUGCUAAAGGGAAAAUGUGUGCAGGUCUACUGCAUUAAAUCCUGUGUGCUCCUCUUUUGGAUUUACAGAAAUGUGUCAAAUGUAAAUCUUUCAAAGCCAUUUUAAAAUAUUCACUUUAGUUCUCUGUGAAGAAGAGGAGAAAAGCAAUCCUCCUGAUUGUAUUGUUUUAAACUUUAAGAAUUUAUCAAAAUGCCGGUACUUAGGACCUAAAUUUAUGUAUGUCUGUCAUACGCUAAAAUGAUAUUGGUCUUUGAAUUUGGUAUACAUUUAUUCUGUUCACUAUCACAAAAUCAUCUAUAUUUAUAGAGGAAUAGAAGUUUAUAUAUAUAUAAUACCAUAUUUUUAAUUUCGCAAAUAAAAAAUUCAAAGUUUUGUACAAAA